UCUUGUAGAGACCAGAUGACAAAUCGCCUUGUUUGGAUUCGGAAUUUUUUCUUGAAAGCCAAUCAUACUUGACUGGCCUGAGUCACUCUACAAAUUCCAAAAAACCCAACGUUACAAUCAAUCAAACCGAGUCAGUGUUCCCCACAACUCACUUCUUUGUAGAUAAUUUUUAUGCAACUGCAUUUCCAUUAUUUGAGGAAUAUUCCGACGACCCUGAUCAGAUUCCGGUGCAAUCCUUUCCAUUUUGCGCCGACCCAUUUGGGGUUUUCGUUGUUUUGUUUUCUAUUGAUUAAAUCAGUGCCGAAAGUAAAUCCAAUUGUUUUUUAAUUGAAAUGUGAAUCUGUGAAGUUUGGUGAAGAAAUGGGGUCUUGUUUGAGUAUCGAGGAAGAUGGGCAACUGCCAUCGCAGAAAAAAUAUUCGACUUAUAAACCCGGCGUGCAUGGAGAUUCUGCGUCUCACGUAAAAGGGGGAAGUGCUGGUUCGAACGCAUUUGUGAUAAUUCCGAAAAACGUGAAGGAUCUACGUCAAAGUUCUGGGAAUGGCGAUCUUGAUAUUUUCACGUACGAAGAGAUGAAGUUGGCAACGAAGCACUUUCGACCGGAUCAGGUUCUUGGCGAGGGUGGAUUUGGCAUCGUCUAUAAAGGGUUUAUAGAUGAAAACGUGAGGAUGGGGUAUAAGCCAACACAAGUUGCAAUUAAAGAGCUCGAUCCUGAAGGUUUACAAGGGGAUCGAGAAUGGCUGGCAGAAGUCAAUUAUUUAGGUCAACUUCGACACUCUAACUUGGUGAAACUGAUCGGUUAUUGCUGCGAGGGCGACCACAGGCUUUUGGUCUAUGAAUAUAUGGCAUCUGGUAGUCUAGAGAAACACCUGUUUUUGAGAGUACGCGCCACUUUAACGUGGCAUAAAAGAUUGAAGAUUGCUUUGGAUGCUGCAAAAGGGCUUGCUUUUCUUCAUGGUGUGGAUAAACCGAUUAUAUACCGAGAUUUCAAGACUUCGAACAUCUUGCUGGACGCGGACUUCAACGCAAAGCUUUCCGAUUUCGGACUAGCAAGGGUGGGCCCCACUGGAGAUCAAACCCACGUGUCAACCAGGGUUAUGGGUACUUACGGUUAUGCUGCCCCUGAAUAUGUCAUGACCGGACAUUUGACAGCAAGAAGUGACGUUUAUGGGUUCGGAGUUGUUCUGCUCGAAAUGCUGAUCGGGCGGCGGGCAAUGGAUAAGAGCAGGCCGAGCCGAGAGCACAAUCUGGUGGAGUGGGCCCGCCCGCUUCUCAACCACAACAAGAAGCUUCUGAGAAUCCUCGAUCCAAGAAUCGAGGGUCAGUACUCCACCAAGAUUCUUAUAAAGGUCGCCAGCCUGGCGUACCAGUGCCUCAGCCAAAACCCUAAAGGGAGGCCCGUCAUGAGUCAGGUGAUCGAGAUACUCGAACCCCUCGUGAAUCAAGAAACCAAUGACAAAGAGGCGGUUCUUCUGCAGAAUGGAGGCGGCAGCGUGACGCUGUAUGAAUUACGAAAAUGCCCCCCCGAGGAGACUAAGAAGGAAAGUAGUGACCCGUCGGUGAAAAACGAGAGCGAAAGAGAAGGCGAGACGCCGAAGAAUAACGGAAGGAGUAAAAGUGAGCCUCCUAAGGAGUGUGAUCUUUAUGAACCUCCUUCUCCAGAUGCUUUGAUGGUUGAGAGAUCAUCCUCUAAUGGAUGUUGAAUUUUCUAUUGUUAUUAAUUAUUUAUUCUGAAACUAUUGCAUUUUGGUUCAGCUCUACUUUUUCUUUUUCUUUUUCUUUUUUUUUUUAAUAAAGGAACUUAUUUUUUCCUA